CAUUGUGGCAGGAAGCAGCGCCCCCAGCUGAGGUCAACAUGUAACAACCAACUGAACCUGUCAAAAAAAGAAAAAAAGAAAAGCCAAACCCAAAGCGAAGACAAACAGGAAGUGAAUCAAAUUUUCUCAGUCGUUUUUCUCCGCUCUCUUUCAAAUUUACUCAGGUGGGAGAGAACCCCGCAUUGUAGCUCCCCGUGUGUAGUGGUUUUCUGUUUAGUGACUUUAGUUAACUCUCUCUUUUGCUGUUUCGGCCGCUCGCUCCAAUCGAUCUUCAUUCAUUCAUCGCAGGAAGGAAAUCUGGAUUUGGCCACAGCUCGUGCUGUCAGGUGAACUCUGCUAAUACGUAUUUGUCAGAUAUUGUCCAAAGGGGGGUCGCAGAAGUUUACCGUUGAAACACCGGUUGCAAGUGUUGUAUCCAUGGCUUCUGCGUGGCAAAGUGUCGUGUCUGUUCACCAGAGUUUAGUAGAGAAUGGAGACAAGAGGACAGACCAGUGGCUGCUGGUCUACUCCCCCGUCCCGGUGGCACUCAUCUUCCUGACGUAUCUCUUCGUGGUGUGGGCCGGCCCUCGUCUGAUGAAACACAGAGAAGCCCUUGACCUCAAAGGGGUUCUCAUUGUUUACAACUUUGGCAUGGUCGGCCUGUCUGGCUACAUGUUCUACGAGUUCCUGGUCACGUCCUGGCUCUCGAACUACAGCUAUCUGUGUCAGCCUGUAGAUUACAGCAACAGCCCGCUGGCAGUAAGGAUGGCCAAGGCCUGCUGGUGGUUCUUCUUCUCUAAGGUUAUAGAGCUCAGUGACACGCUCUUCUUCAUCCUGAGGAAGAAGAACAGCCAGCUGACGUUCCUUCAUAUUUACCACCACGGCCCCCUGAUGUUCAACUGGUGGGCGGGAAUCAAGUAUGUGGCCGGUGGACAGUCGUUCUUCAUCGGGCUGGUCAACACCUUUGUUCACAUUGUGAUGUAUUCUUACUACGGCCUGGCUGCCAUCGGCCCUCACAUGCAGAAGUAUCUGUGGUGGAAGCGAUACCUCACGUCUCUGCAGCUGCUGCAGUUUCUGCUGUUCAUCCUGCACUCGGGCUACAACCUGAUCACAGACUGCAACUUCCCCGACGCCAUGAACGCGGCGGUGGUUGGUUAUGUCCUCAUCCUCGCCGUCCUCUUCAGUAACUUCUAUUAUCAGAGCUACCUCAACAAGAAGAAGCAGAAAUAAAUAAGAGACGCAGCGGUGAGGGUGUUACACACAAAGUAUUGUAUUCCUUUCCUGUUGCAGUACUCACUAGUGUCCACUAGAGGGAACAACACGCUAACGGUCUGAAUGUUCUUCUCAUGGCGCUCAUCAUCAGGCAUCAGACUUGAACAUUGAAUAUUUUACAGACAUGUAUAACUAAUGUGAACAAUCUGAGUUCUCUCUAUUUUUUUGUAUUUUAUAUAAAGUGUCGAUACAUGUCAAAAAAGAGACAUUGUGUGAUCAUUCAAUUAUUUAUUUCUUAAAUUGAGAAAUGACAAACAUUCAAAUGAUUGCUGUAAACAAACUGUACAUUUUAUACAUAUAAUAAUAAUAAUAAUAAUAAUAAUAAUAAUAAUAAUAAUAAUGGGUUGGUUUAUCUGCAUUAUUGCAGAAUUAUGAGUUCAAACCCUCCUCAAGAGAUAAAUCCAAAAAGCAACAAAAAAAAAACAACACUUAAAAACAAAAUACGGAAAUGCAAACAUUUUUUUAAAUUUUUUUCCACUGCUAAAACAACACGGCAAAAUGAUAUAUUCUUUUCUACACUUCAGUCUAAACGAUUGGAAGCUGUAGAUCAGAGAGAAAAGGGAGAGGACAUUUCAUUUCCAUUCAUUAGUUUUGUAGUGUUUGAAGUUUAUAUAGCAAUGUUGAAAAACCUGCAUGUGUACAUGAUGUGCUGUUGGCCAAUAAAUGUGAUUCUGAGUCUAAGAAAUAAUAAUCUUUCAAAAAAAAGAAAUGUAAUUCUUCAGCUUUGACUUUACUAAUAAUAAAGAAGACGUCUGUGUAAUUUAA